AUGGGCAAAGAGACGGGGAUUGUUGCUACGAGUCGGGCUCGAGGGGGGGAUUCGGCAACGGAAGAUGGCGGUGGGAGUGAGCUCAAGGAGGAUGCCAGUGAUGACGGGCUUCCAUUGUCGAGGGCGAGAUGCAUUGCGCUGGUGGCCACUGUGACGGGCGCGGCGUUUCUCAAUACCCUCUCCGUCCAAAGCGUCGUCAUCAUCCUCCCCACCAUCGGCCACCACCUCUCCGUGCCCGAAAGCCGGCAGCAGUGGAUCGUCUCGUCCUACUCGCUCGCGUUCGGCUGCUUCCUGCUCUUCUGGGGCCGCAUCGCCGACCUGUACGGCAAGCGGCUCGUCUUCAUCCUGGGGUCGGUCUGGGUGACGGCGAUUACGGCGGCGAAUCCGUUUGUGCCGAAUGAGAUUGCGUUUAACCUGUUUCGGGGGCUUCACGGGCUGGGGGCUGCUGCGAAUGUUCCCACGGCGAUUGGCAUCUUGGGCGUGACGUUUCCUCCGGGAAAAGCAAAAAACUACGCCUUUAGUACAUAUGGCGCCGGCGCCCCCCUCGGCAGCGUCUUUGGCAACAUCCUGUCCGGCUUCGUCGCACAGUACUCCAACUGGAAAUGGGUCUUUGGCGUGCUGGCCAUCAUGGGCGGCAUCAUCUCCGUCUGCGGCAUGCUCUUUAUCCCGCCGACGCCUCCGCCCGCAGCAAAUAACAAAUCAGCAAAGCUCGGCCCGAAGUCCGUCGACUGGGUGGGCGCCACGCUCAUCACCGUCGGGCUGCUGGCGCUCAUGUUUGCGCUGACCGAGGGCAACGUCGUGGGCUGGAGCACGCCGUGGAUCCCGGUCCUGAUUGUCGUGUCGGUGCUCGUGAUUGCGGCGUUUGCGGUGUGGCAGUGGCACUUGGAGCGCAGACUCGACGCCGCAAAGGCGCGGCUGCUCGAAUCAUCAUCAGAUUCAGGUCAUGGUGAUGGCGUCUUGCCCACGCCGCCGCUCAUCAAGGUCAGCAUCUUCCGCAACCGCCAGUUCAGCGCCGUCAUGGUCAUCAUGGGCGUCUUCUUCGCCUCCUUCAACAACUACCUCAUCUACGCCACCUACUACUUCCAGGAGUUCCAGGGCCAGUCGCCGCUGCAGACGAUGCUGCGCUUCCUGCCCACUGGCAUUGGCGGCGCCGCCGUCGCCAUCGUCGUCUCGCAGCUGGUCGGCCGCGUGCCGACCGUGUUUCUGCUGGUCUGCGGCAACCUGGCCAUCACGAUUGCCUGCCUGCUGUAUGCCGUGCCGAUUGCGCCGACGACGUCGUAUUUUGCCUGGGGAUUGCCUGCAAUGGUGCUUUCCGUCGUUGGGGCGGAUACGACGUGGCCGUGUCUGACGCUGUUUACGUCAAGGGCGUUGCCGAGAGAAGAUCAGGCCAUUGGCGGCGCGUUGAUCAACUCUGUUGGCCAAAUUGGGCGGUCCAUUGGCCUCGCCAUUGCUACGGCUGUUCAGACUGCCGUCAUGGCCCACGGCCGGGGCGUGGCAGUCAAGAACGUCGGCAGCAUAAAGGCGUGGGAUGCCGACUCUCUCAGGGGCCUGCGCGCGGCUUCGUGGUUUGAUUUUGCGCUGGGGCUGGUGUCUCUGGUGCUUGUCCUCGUGGCGUUCCGGACGCUGGAGAUUGUGGGCAAGGUAGAACCUGCGGCGAAGAAGCCGAGUCGGGGAGGAGUUCGAGAUGAUGAGAAGACGGGUAGUGAAAAGAGGGAAGAAACGGCGGAUUCUAAAGCGUAA